AUGGAGGUGCAUGUCGGCAAGUGCAUUUCUGGCAAGGGAGGCAGGAAUGUCCGGGACUUUGAUGCUGCCAAUCACAAUGGCAAAGAUGUUGUGAUCAAGAAAAAGAAUGAAGAUGCAAAGGGUGUGUUGGAGCUGCACGGUCAUCUCUGGAGCUUCGGUGUUGAGGAGAAGACUCUGACAUACAGAGGAGAUGUGUACAGAGGAGCUGCACUGUCAGAAAAAGAACGGGAAGGCAGGCAUGGGGAGCCCGGAGGAAGUGGAAGAGGUUGGGGUGAGCUUGAGCUUCGCGAAUCAUCCUGCCAUAAAGUAGGAGAUGCAGGGCAUUGCCCAAAUGUUCUUGAUGGCACAGGGGGAAUUUGGAUAGUGAUGUCCUUCUUGUCCUUGCGUGGCGGGCACAGCGACGCGGACGCGGAGGCCUCGGCGCCACGCGGUACUAGUACCAGUACUAGACGACGACGGCAGCACAAUGCUAGCGGAGAUGGGGACUGGGACAGGGACGGAGACGGGGAGGAGCAGGCAUGUCAUGGCGGCUCUCCAGGUCCAGCCGCCGCUUGGGCGCUUGGGCAAGCUCCUCUGCCUCUGCCGUUGAAGAAGAAGCAGGGGCAAGGAUGGGAAACAAGCGAAGCCCACGUUUCCUACGGCAAAAUUCCAAUUAUUUCUAGGCAGAGCAGCCGCCCGAUUCCAUCAUCUCAUCUCAUCCUCAUCCUCAUCCUCAUCAGCGCGUUGCGUUCCUUGCUUCAACCCAGCCACUCUUCCAAUUCCAGUUGCUCUUCCAAACGAAGAGAAGACAAGAGAAGAGAAGAGAAAUCCAGUUCCAAUCCAAACAAGAGAGAUCCAGAUCUGCUGGCUGCUGGGGUAGUCGGUCGGCGAGGGGAGGUUGCAGUUGCAGCGACACCGAUAAAUCGGCGAAUCAGAUCCGAUGGUGCGUCGCCGGAGCAGAGAAGGCGGCCUGGGCCGGAGCCGGAGCCUGGGCUGGCCUGCGUGCUGCCUCGGCUUCCUGCUCAAGCUGCUCGCCUUCCUCCAGGCCUUCGCCGCCGUCUCCGCCCUCCUCUACGCGGCAUGGAUGCUCUCGCGCUGGGCGCGCCACCACCAGCUCCACCCCAGCGACCUCCUAAGCCCGGACCUCUGGUUCCCGUCGCUCGUCAUGGCGGCGGGGCUCUUCUACUGCCUCCUGCUCCUCGCGGGUUACCUGGCAGCCGAGAUCAACACCGGAUGCUGCCUCUGCUUCGUUAUUUAUUUAUUUAUAUUACUUUUGGAUUUGCAAACUCCCCUCGACAGUACACCAUCCCGGCCAUGGCUAUGAUGCUGCUCGAAGCCGCUCUCGCCGCCCAUCUCGCGCUCAACCAGCACUGGAUUCAGGACCUGCCAGAGGACCGCACGGGAGAGCUCCACAACUUACUCUCCUUCAUCCAUAAUAACCUCGACCUAUGCAAAUGGGCUGCUCUUGCCAUCUUCGCCACGCAGGCACUCUCACUUCUCCUGGCUAUGAUUUUACGGGCCAUGCUGUCUGCCCGGACCGUGGACUAUGACAGCGAUGAAGACUUUGUGGUUAUACGGAGGCCACUCCUAGUUGCCCAAGCUCCAGCACCUUACCUCCCUACCACCCUUGAUACCAGAGGUGCCCGUCCUGACCUCUGGAGCUCAACAAUGAGACACAAGUUCUGA